AACUUCAGUUUUGUUCUCCAUUUUGUGACGCAGAUAUCAGCAGUAGACCAUCAGACUCCGUUUUGAGAUGGAGGACAGAAAUAACUUGUCUUCUUGUUAAUAGAGACUUACUGAGGUCCAGAAGAUGGAAGAUUUGGACCUAAAGAAGGAGAAAGCAGAACCUCCAGACUCAGAAGAUGAUGAAACAGGAUCCGUCUGUCCCUCUAUGAGGAGUGACUCGUCCAAAGAACAUCCUCCAGACUUCAGUAAUGAACCAGAACCUCCAGACUCGGAAGAUCAGAGUCAAAGACUGAGAGCACAACUGGAGGAGCUUCGCCGACUGAGAGCAAAACGGGAGGAGUUUUUCAGACGGAGAGAACUGAAGGAGCUUCUCAGACGUCCCAGAGUCAAAGUCGGGGCGCCGAGGCGGUCCACCAUGUUUUUAGAUCAGAGCCAAAGACUGAUAGCAAAACUGGAGAAGCUUCUCAGACAUCACAGACUGAGAGCAAAACGGGAUGUUUCCUGGUUUCUGCCUAUGACGAGUCCCAUGUCUGCAAGAAAACCUCCAGACUUCAGUACUGAACCAGAACCAUCAACCUCAGAAGAUCAGAGCCAAAGACUGAUAGCAAAACUGGAGAAGCUUCGCCGACGUCACAGACUGAUAGCAAAACUGGAGAAGCUUCUCAGACAUCACAGACUGAGAGCAAAACGGGAUGUUUCCUGGUUUCUGCCUAUGACGAGUCCCAUGUCUGCAAGAAAACCUCCAGACUUCAGUACUGAACCAGAACCAUCAACCUCAGAAGAUCAGAGCCAAAGACUGAUAGCAAAACUGGAGAAGCUUCGCCGACGUCACAGACUGAUAGCAAAACUGGAGAAGCUUCUCAGACAUCACAGACUGAGAGCAAAACGGGAUGUUUCCUGGUUUCUGCCUAUGACGAGUCCCAUGUCUGCAAGAAAACCUCCAGACUUCAGUACUGAACCAGAACCAUCAACCUCAGAAGAUGAUGAAACAGGAUCCGUCUGUCCCUCUAUGAGGAGUGACCGGUCCAAAGAUAUACCUCCAGACUUCAGUAAUGAACCAGAACCUCCAGACUCGGAGUGGAAGUGAUGCUCUCUGUAAAGAAGAGAAUCGUCUAUGUUUCCUGAUGAUCCUCUGAGGUUGAAGAAAUUGUCCCUUCAAAACAAAAGCAUCACAACUCAAACAGGAAGUUAACUGUAAUUGAAACUAAUUAAGGAUCUUCUAAGAUAUUAGAAUAAAUAAUUUGUAUGUUGUUAACAUUUUGUCCACAUACUUCCCAGACACUACAAAUGUUAUUAUUUUAAUACUUGAUCUGUUGUUCAUGUUUGUUCUUCUUAAAUAAAAGUAGUUGAUCAGAAAAUAGUAACAUGAAUGAAUCUGCUGACAGAUUCACUCGUAUAUCAACUUCCCCUGUUUAUAAGUUUAAAGUUGUUUAUUGUGCUGCAAAUGUAGCUUCAUUUAUAAUAUUAUAUUAGCACAAAGUUUAUAUGAUUCAGCUGUAAGAAAAAGAGAAAAAGAAUCAUAAAAGAGGAAGAAAACAGGUUUAUUAAGAGGGAAUGUUAGAAAACUUUGAGGACUUUUACUGUUACAUUUUAUUAUUGGAUAAUUGUUUUGUUUUUAAUUGAGCUGAUCACUUA